AUGCUUCCUUUCACUCUAGAUGAUCCAAGUCUUCUUCAUGAAGCCUCUCUGUUGAAUGGCAAAUGGGUUCAGGCCCAGCAGCAGCAAACGUUUGGCAUUGAAGACCCUGGAUCUGGCCAAGUUUUUGCUUACUGUCCCAACAACCGCCUCCCAGAUGUCGAUCAGUACGUCGAUUCUGCACAAACCGCAUUCUUUAAAUAUAAAGAAGCAAACCCCAGAGUGCGAGCAAAGUUGCUUUUGAGCUGGCAUGGCCUGAUCACCAAUGCGCGAAAUGACAUCGCAAAGCUCUUGGUCUAUGAAACAGGCAAGCCGAUGGCUGAAGCUCUAGGUGAAGUUGAUUACGCACUCGGCUUUGCAUGGUGGUUCGCCGGCGAAGCUGAACGCAUCCGUGGCUCAAUCGCCCAGCCAUCCGUCUCUAGUAGACGCACGCUGGUAAUAAAGCAGCCAAUUGGUGUCAGCGUAGCAUUGGUUCCCUGGAACUUCCCUGUUGCCAUGACUAUCCGUAAGGCGGCGGCUGCCUUGGCUGCUGGCUGCACAAUGAUCAUCAAACCUUCACCUGAGACUCCUCUCAGUAUAUUGGCCCUUGCAGACCUGGCUUUGAGAGCCGGUUUUGAGCCCGGUGUCUUGAACAUUAUUACCACAGAUAACGAGAACACCCCUGUGGUUAGUGAGAGGCUUUGCAAGCAUCCCCUUGUGCGCAAGGUCACUUUCACUGGUAGCACUACAGUUGGCUCGAUCAUCGCGAAGCACUGUAGUGAUGGACUAAAGAAGGUAACCCUCGAGUUAGGUGGCAACUGUCCUUUCCUAGUUUUCGACGACGGGGACCUUGAUCAAGCCCUCGCUGCACUGAUGGUCUUGAAGUGGCGUACCGCCGGGCAGGCAUGCACACACGCUAACCGAGUCUACGUCCAAAGUGGUGUUUAUGACAAGUUCCUGUCAAUGCUAGUCAACGCCACAAAGAAACUUCAAGUCGGUCAUGGCGCGGCCUCGGGCACAACGAUGGGAGCAUUGACGACAACUCGAGGCUUAGAAAAGAUGGAGCGACAUAUCACCGAUGCGGUUUUGAAGGGUGGCAAAAUUGCCUGUGGUGGGAGGAGACUAACGAAUCUACCUGGAAACUUUUUCGAGCCCACGAUCAUUUCUGAGAUGGCGCCAGCCAUGUUGACGAGCAAAGAAGAGAUUUUCGGACCCCUCCUUGGGUUAUAUCGCUUUGAGACCGAGGAGGAAGUUGUCCAAAUGGCAAAUGAUACUAGUAUGGGCCUUGCGGCCUACUUCUUCACCAAAGACACCAGCCGCACGUGGAGGUUGCUUGAGAGACUUGAAGCCGGAAUGAUCGGGAUGAACACAGGGAACGCUUCUGGGGCCGAAUCACCGUUCGGGGGUAUCAAAGCUUCUGGCUAUGGAAAGGAGGCAGGCAAAGAUGUCGCGAUCGAAGAAUAUCUUAUUUCGAAGACGGGGACUCUGACUGUUGAUCCCAUGUCGAAGCUUUAA